AUGUGCCCCGCGCCCGAUCAUGGAACCUCAGCCAUAGAGGAUCCCCGACCCGACGACCACCACAACAACAACCUCUCCGCGACUGCCACAGAGCCAGCUAUUCCCCCGGGCGCAGACGUCCGGACCAGAGCCCGGACCAUGACGAGCACCGAAGAGAUUGACAACACCAUCAUUCGCCCGGGCUCCGUCCGCAUCAACGUCAAGGGCGCUUUUAUCGUCGACCCGGACUCAAGUUCUCCGAGAAGCAAUGGCCGAGGUUCUCCGACCCAUCACGAGACGAGCGAUAUUCGCCUGCCGAACCACCAUGCCGUCGUCAGCCAUAUCGCCGUAGAUAUUGGCGGUUCCCUAAUCAAGCUUGUCUACUUCACCCGCGAGGCCGGCUCCAAGGAGCCCGGUGGCCGCCUCAACUUCCUCAACUUCGAAACGGAUCGCAUAGACGACUGCAUCGAGUUCAUGCGCCACCUGAAGGACAAGCAGCAAACACUCAAUGGCUCCCAACCAAACGCCCUGAGCGUCAUGGCAACGGGUGGCGGCGCAUUCAAGUUCUACGAUAAGAUGCGCGACGUCCUGGGCGUGGAUGUCUUGCGCGAAGAGGAGAUGGAGUGCCUCAUUAUCGGUCUCGACUUCUUCAUUACCGAAAUCCCCAGGGAGGUCUUUACCUACAGCGAAACCGACCCCAUGCACUUCGUCUCGCCCUCGGAAAACAUAUACCCUUAUCUCCUUGUUAACAUUGGAUCUGGCGUCUCGAUGCUCAAGGUCUCAGGCCCCAACAAGUACCAACGUGUCGGCGGAACAUCACUUGGCGGCGGAACGCUUUGGGGUCUUCUGUCCCUUCUCACAGGUGCCCGUACUUUUGACGAGAUGCUGGACGCGUCGGAACAGGGGGACAACGCCAAGGUGGACAUGCUUGUUGGCGACAUCUACGGUGGUGACUACGGAAAGAUUGGCCUCAAAAGCACGACUAUCGCGUCCUCUUUUGGCAAGGUCUUCCGCAUGAAGCGUACCGCCGAGAACGAGGCCGAGGACCACGGCGGCCUUCAUAACGGCGACAACAAGAACCGCGGUUCCUCAUCCGCACAACCUGAAGAGGGUUCCACAGAAGAGAGCCAUCAUGCUGCUGGAGAGAAUGCUCCGGACCAGCCCUUCUCCAGUGCGGAUGUUUCAAGAUCACUAUUGUAUGCCAUUUCCAACAACAUUGGCCAAAUCGCCUUCCUCCAGUCACAAAUCCAUGACCUCGACCACAUUUACUUUGGCGGUUCUUUCAUCCGCGGUCACCGUCAAACAAUCAAUACUCUGAGUUACGCCAUCAAGUUCUGGUCUCAAGGCAAGAAGCAAGCGUAUUUCCUUCGUCACGAAGGCUAUCUUGGCUCCGUCGGUGCAUUCCUCAAGCGCCAACCCCGGAACUGGGGCCGUCGUGGAUCGUUUGAAGAAGCGCAACACCUCGAGCGGCGUCUUCGUGGUCGGGUAGCGCUGCAUAACCCAGAGAUGCAAAGCUUGGUGGACGACUAUGCCUCGGAAUCAGGGAGAGACUGA